AUGAUCGAAUUCUUCCACCGGCUAGAAUACAAUGUGACUGGCUGUCGUAGGUCAAUGUUCCUAAAACACCUUCGUGUCGAUAUGGGUGCAGACAAGUAUAUGUCAAUAAACCCAGUUCCACAUGAUCUCUGCGUCCCAUCAAGCUUCAGAAUAUGGCAGAUAACUUGGUUUCAUGUGCUAGGAGAGAUACGUCGUUUGAUAUAUGAACGCAUAGUGAUGUGCGACUUCGUUGUCUUUGACUUUGCGAUUAAGUCCAAGCAGUUUGACGACCCCGGUCAAAAUGAUAAGGCUCAGAGCCAGCCUCACAGUACAUGGUUAUCCAAGUUGAACACUGUUUGCGAUGCUAGUUCUUGCCAGCUGAAAGUCAACCCUUCAAUUGACAGGGUCAGGGAAGUUUUACUCAAACCCGGUAUCCAAGCCCAACGGGGUGAGCUAGCCAAGAUCACGGAAGCAUCCCAGCAUUUCGGAGCUGAACUUGCCACGAGAGCUCUCAAGGAAGAUAUAACACACCUCGAUCUUUAG